CCUCUGUCAAAUCAGCUGAUUGGAUGGCUCUAAAGUGUCAUAUAUUGAAUGGUUAUUUAUAUAAUUAGAUUUGCGAUUAUUCAACGGGUACCAAGUUGAUAUUUCAAUACUGAGGAGUAAGAUAUAAAAUGUGUAUCAUAAUAACUUAUGCUUGUACUGAAACAAUGGAUUUUGUUUUUUCUUCCUCAGCUCCGAUUCAAUCUCAUUGAAAAAUAAAUAACAUUGUUUGAGAAAAUUAUAAUACAAAAAUGUUGCAUCUAAGACGAAACUUCAUUUAUCAAGCAACAUUUAAGAAAAACAGGUAUCUAAGUACCUCUGAAAUCUCAACCGCUCUGAAGCCAUUUUACUUUGCUGUACAUCCAGAUCUUUUUGGGCAGUAUCCUGAGCAAAGAACAAUAAAUGAGAACUCUUUGAAGCAGUUGAGUUCUAUAAUAGAAUCUAUGCAGAGUAAGAGGUCAGUGAAACCGAUGAGCCUACCUUUUUAUUUGAAAGGAAAGGAGAGAAAUGGAAGUUUCCAUUAUGUAAAAAUAAGUAUCAGAUCACCAAAUCUGAGAGAAACAGUUUUGACAAUAUUGAAAAGUUGCAAUUUAUCUACGGAAUAUGUAGAUAAAAUCCCUAUUCCCCCUGAGCCAACUUAUAGAUCCCAAACGAUCAAGGUAAACGUGGAUAAAAUGGAUUUUUCCAAAAUGAGCGAAGAUGAUCCGAUCUUUGGCCAGUUUGUCAUCAAACAAAAGAUUAGGGAAGCCCAAGACUCGUUGAAAUUGAGAAAUUGGUUGCACAAAAAUCACCAUAAAGCCAAAAUUUUAGUCGAUAAAAGCAAGCCUCUCACCGAGGAGGUACGGAGGUUACAAGAAAAUAUAAGGGAUAAAUGGGACUUGUUGGAUAUAAGAUGGAAUUGCGGAUGGAAUGAAACCCAUUAUAGGGGGUGUUUACAGAGUUUCAUGGCACUCGCUGGGCAGCACCCUGAGGCGAUGCACCAGCUUAAAGGUAAAGUCCUGGUUUUUGCCCCAUUCACAGGAAUAAGUUUAGAUGGUCACAUAAUGUUGAAUAGUGCUGAAGUUCGCCAUAAUUGGUUAGAACUGAUUAAGAAUAUCUCUACUUACGACUCGGUUCUUUCGAGAAUACCGAAUUUCGAAAAGGCUGUAUCGCAGGUUCUGCGAAACAUAAGGAUUGGUAGAAGGAAAUUUAUGUUUAAGAUCAUGGCAGGCGAGUAUGAAAGGAAUCUACUCCAAAUCACCACUUCGAUGAGCGACUACCUGAGUUACAGAAAAUUUCCUAAAAGUUGGCCGGAUAGUUUACAAAAUUUCGAACUAGUUGUAGAAAAUGAAGCCGGACCAUUGAUGGUAUCUCCCACUGGUCAAUUCAUCAUCCCAAGUUCCCUCCCGGGUCAAUUAUUAGUCAGUUUUAUAACUACACACAUGGACGAGGCAAAAAUCAAAUCAAACAAUUAUAAACAGGAUAAACACAAAGAAAAAUAUUUACACAGUAAAUGUAAGGAUGAAUUCAAUCUGGAAUUUUUAAGAAAAGAUGAUAACGUGACUCCCGAACUGAUGAUCAAAUGCUGCGAGAGGUUGCUGAGUAACAAACAUGAGAUCAAUACUUUUUUGAAAGGGAUGCGGCUCAAUAUUUGUACAUAUUAUUCCGUUUUGUCUGACGGAAUCAUUUGUAUUCCUUGGAAUUUCGAGUUGUAGUGAAUCUAAUUUUGGAGACAAGAAAAGGAGAGUUAAAAGAUAUUUUAAUAAAAAUCAAUAUGAA